GAGGAGGAGGAGGAGUACGAGUACUAGUACUAGCAUGGCGCUCGGUGCGGCAGGAGUUCCGUUGUGUCGCCUCUGUCUUUUUCAUGUUAGGCUUUACUCGAGUUUGUAGCGCUUCUUCCACGCGCCGCGUGUCUCGAAACACAGAAACAACUCGAGACUAUUUCUCCGCCGAGUCUCCCCGAUAAACUAGCUCGUUGGUUUUUUUAGGUAGCCUGCUAACUAGUAACGUUAGCAAGGAGGCAGAAAAAAAAAGGAAGAAAAAAAAAUAGAAGAUACGAGGAAACAAGAGGAGGAGUCCUGUUUUAGAGGAGAUGAUGCAGAUACCAUGGCAAUAGCCGCGGUAUGGGAGUGACAUGACAACACUUGAUCUGCUUCUGAACAAAAACCUCAUCAUCUUCAUCAUGUUUGUCUGCUGAAGUAGCGGCAGAAGACACAGAGAAUGGACGAAUCGGUACUGUUGGAUUUGCUGGAGUGCCCCGUUUGCCUUGAGCGGCUGGACGCUUCAGCAAAGGUUCUCCCCUGUCAGCACACCUUCUGUCGGCGUUGCCUUCAGGGCAUCCUCGGCUCACGUGGAGAGCUGCGGUGCCCAGAGUGCCGGACGUUGGUGGAGUGUGCUGUGGACGAGCUUCCAAGUAACAUUCUUCUCGUGCGCCUGUUGGACGGCAUCAAGCAGAGGCCUCGAAGGGCUGGCCCCGGAGCGGGAGUCUGCACCAAUGGUACGUCUGGAGCUGUGGCCAGAGCGCAUGGAAGUGGGACCAGGGACCAGGGUACCCCAGGAGCACAACCCCAGCGGGCUCAGGCCAAGAGCACCCUUGUCCGGGGUGUACCCCAGCUUCCCUGUGCCAAGGCGCUCUACAACUAUGAUGGCAAGGAACCAGGAGACCUCAAGUUCAGCAAGGGGGACAUCAUCAUCCUGCGCCGGCAGGUGGAUGAAAACUGGUACCACGGGGAGAUGGGCGGAGUCCACGGCUUUUUCCCCACCAACUUCGUCCAGGUCAUCAAGCCGCUGCCACAGCCGCCACCCCAGUGCAAGGCUCUCUAUGACUUUGAGCUGAAAGACAAAGAGGCCGACAAGGACUGUCUGCCCUUCUCCAAGGACGAUAUCCUGACUGUGAUCCGCAGGGUGGAUGAAAACUGGGCGGAGGGAAUGUUGGGAGAUAAAAUUGGAAUUUUCCCCAUCUCGUAUGUGGAGUUCAAUUCGGCAGCUCGGCAGCUUAUAGAGUUGGACAAGCCAUCAGACUCCAGUGGAGAUUCUGGUGAGGGGGCCUCCUCGGGGCCCCAGAGCAAUGGUGCCCAGCGGGCAGGGGAGAAGAAGAACAGCAAGAAACGACAUUCCUUCACCUCUCUCACCAUGUCCCACAAACCCAUGCUCGCUCCUCCCCCUCAGCGCCACUCCAUGGAGAUUAGCGGCCCGGUGCUCAUCAGCUCCAGCAACCCCACAGCAGCAGCUCGGAUCGGGGAGAUCAGUGGGGGACUUUCCUGCAGCGCACCUUCACAGGUACAUAUUUGCACAACUGGACUAAUCGUGACCCCUCCCCCGAGCAGCCCCGUGACCACAGCAACGGUGUUCACGUUUCCCCCAGAGACGAGUUACACAUCCAUCGCUGUGGAUGCUCUCCCACCGCCGCCGCCUCCUCCUCCGCAGUCCUCCGUCGGCGGAGCGGCGUUCUCGCUGGCUGCUGGACAGAGACCCUCCCCCAGCAUAAGCGACCAAAGUGGGAGACAAAGACCCACAGUCUAUGUGGCAAUGUUCCCCUACACUCCCCGGAAGGAGGAUGAGCUGGAGCUGAGGAAAGGAGAGAUGUUUCUUGUGCUGGAGCGCUGUCAGGACGGCUGGUUCAAGGGGACUUCCAUGCACACUGGCAAGAUUGGCGUCUUCCCGGGGAACUACAUGAGUCCAGUCAGCAGGACGGCGUCCGGGAGCAGCCAGCCCAAAGUGCCCAUGACUCUGUGCACUCAGGCUGGGAGAGGAGUCACCAUCGUCAGCCCCUCGUCUGCUCCCCUCGGGGCCAUCGUCCCAGGGCCCGAUUACAACAAACCGCUCAGCGUCUGCCCCGGCGGCGCACCUGCCAGCUCCCAGGCUGCAGCUGUGGUCAGCUCAGCUCAGACGGCCACGGGACAGCAGCCCAAAGUCCCGCUGCACGUCAACUCCCAGAUGACGGUGAACCAGGCUCGCAACGCCGCCCGGACAGCUGCGUGUCACAGUCAGGACAGGCCCACGGCGGCCGUGACGCCCAUCCAGUCGGCCACGCCCGUGACUUACAUCCCGCACCUGGCCGUGUGCCCGCAGCCCCCCGGCCCGGCUCAGGGCUGCACCCGGGCGGGCGUGGCCAUGGGCUGCGCCGCCGCCUCUCUGACUCCACCCAAUGUCAGCGCCGCGUCUCUGGAGGGCGACGCUCUGAGGCCCGUGCCCGUGCUCGCCGUGCCCGUGGGUCCAGGGAACAAUCUCGCGGCUAACAACGCGGCUCUCGCUUGCCGGCUGGAUAAAGACGCCAAGAGAGAGAAGAAAAGUCUCUUGAAGCUGUUGUCCUCCAACAAGAAGAAGUCUCGUCCCUCUCCCCCGUCCUCUCCCACCCUUGAGACGGAGCAGUCCGCAGCAGGAGAGGUGCUCCACGGCGCCGUGGGACCCGACACCUCCGCUCCCUCCAACUCGGCCAACUGUCUGGAGCCUGAACCCGCCGCCGCCGCUGUUGCUGCGUCAUCUUCAUCCUCCUCAUCCUCUUCGGUCCCAGAUUCCUCCCAUCGAAGGAGCAGUCCCCUUGAUGGAUGUGCGCCCAUUGCUCCUCCUCCUCGCCAGCCCUGCUCCUCUCUCGUGUCUCAGCAGCACGACGCACGCCCCAUCAUAUGUGAGAGGUACAGGGUGGUGGUGUCAUAUCCUCCCCAGAGCGAGGCCGAGCUGGAACUCAAGGAGGGUGACAUUGUGUUUGUUCAUAGGAAGAGGGAGGACGGCUGGUUCAAAGGCACACUGCAGAGGAACGGCAGGACCGGACUGUUCCCCGGCAGCUUUGUAGACAGCAUCUAAUAUUAUCUCACCCGGCUGACUGCUGCUAGCUCCGUUAAGCGUCUCGCGGUACACAACCGGACGUGUCGGCACUCGCAAGGGCGCCGGGACGGGACCGUCACGUCCUGAAACAGCAGCGUAUGAGACGCGUUAUCAAUGAAAGCACAGUGGACAAGAGUUAGAGGAGAGCACACUACUCAUGAACUUUUUGUUUUUGUUGAUUAUUUAUAUCUUUGUAAUAUUUCAGCUGUUAAAUGUGUGCCUUGUACUGUUCCUCACUUUAUUGUACAUAAGGACACAAAUACAAUUAGUCCUAAAAACAACCAGUAUGAGCUGUUCAUAUCAGUAUCUUAACUUAUUUCAUGGACUGACCUUUUUCUAGUGCCACACAUUAAGGUGUCAAAGUAAAGUACAUGCCUUAUUGCCCCAUUUCACCGCCAUCAGUCGUACCUUUCUCUGCUCGACUGCGGUUAAAAAAAGAAAAGAAAAAAGUUUCCGCCGUUAUUUCCAAACGUCAGCGGUCAGGAGACAGUAUAUCUGGUGAACUGGAUCAGAACAAAUCGCUCAUGCUGCUGCACAGGAGGAAAACGAUGUUCCUCCCCCUGCUCCAAAUGCAUUACCUGCCGCAGAUCACAGGAGAGAUCUGUUGUCGUGCACGUUCAUGCACUCAGCUGGCGACACUUCACCGCCUUAUGAUGAAAUAUUGAAAUGCCCCUGUGUUCUGCGCACAGUCACCCACUUUCCUGUCGUCGCUCCCUCCGGGCGGGGCGUUGCGGUGGCGGUUUUAACGCGCCGUUACCUGCAGCCAUCAAAUACUUGCAUGAAAUGAGUGAAACCACGUGCCGGGGAAGAAGCCUCGUCAUGAGACUGCUGGCUCCGUAUUAAUACUAGAAAAACAAAACAAAACAAAACAAAAAAAACAAAUGCACACAUACACUCCAUUGUAAACUUUGCAGUCAAAUAUUGCUUAUUUUGUACCGUCUUUAUAUUUACUGACCAGAGUAGCUGCUCUCUUAACCCACAGCGGCCAGACGCAGACGGCGCUCCGCGUCCCGGGAGCGCCGUGACGUUUGAACAACGGUGCACAGCCGAUUUCCUUUGGGAGCGUCUUUAUUGACACGUUCCGAACGGGCCGACGCCUGCUGCUCGUAUAGAGUGUGUCGUGUAACUAACCUGACGCAGACGCCCUUCGACUCAUUCCUAAUGUGACUUGUGGCAAUAAAAACACUGCUCGCUAAAGCACAGAAUGUUUGCCUAAAGUAGCAUACGAUCAUUUCACUCCGCAGGAAGAAGAGCUGCUUUGUGUAUUUCUAUUAAAUCUCAAUUUGUUUUUCUUUUAUUUUUUUUAUUGAACUCAAUCACUUUGACCCUUGAUUUCUCUCUCUCUCUCUCUCUCUCUCUCUCUCUUUUUGUGGGUAACUGUUUUUGGGUUUGUAUUGUUAAGUGUUGUACUGACUUGAAUUACUGUAAGAUUUCUUGUUGAUCGGAGAAGACUUGGUCGUAGUUUUGGUGCUUGUUAAAUAUGAAAGAACAGAGUUAGUCGGUUUAGAAUGAAUUCUUAUCUAAAUUUUGAAGUAUUUCCUCACAGCAAAAAUAUGUUGUCAAAUACUUCCUUGUGUCUGUGAAUUUUGGAAAUAUUAAGAAAGUCCUGUAAGUAAUGUAUCGCAAGCCGAGUUCCCAAAAAGUUGGGACACUGACAAACGGAUAUUGAGAUAAUAUAUAAUAAUAACAACUUUUAAAAUGGUGAAACAAAGUGAAAAUCAGUGGACCGCCAUAUUUUAUUUAAAACGCCACGAAGACAAGAGAUAUUUGUCAAAGCCAAGUUGUCAGUUUAUCUUUAGGCACUCCACUAAUGUGAUGAAAUGCCAAAAGAAUAGUAAAAGUAAAAGUGACAGGUUCACCACUGCGUGAAGAACUGCUGUUAAACUCCAGCUGGAGACCAGAAUUUAAUAUUUCAUGGAUUAAAUGUGUUGUUUAAAGGCCAGUAAGUCUCUGGAGCCGCUGAACCAUCCUGAAAACAAACAUGAGAAGAGUCAACAUGGCAGUGUCCAGCCGUGAUCACAGUAUGGCCUGAGGAGGGGAAAAAACCCCGAAAACCACUGUCUGGGAACACAAUUCACUCUUCACUGGAUUCCCUGGAUUCCCUGGCAGAAACACAGGAUGCUGUUGUUUUAUUGCGUUACUUUUAAUUGAGGGAAAGUCUGAAACAUGUUGAUGCAACAUUCUGCUUAUUUCAGUGGGUUAGCGUCAAACCAUAAUCCCUUCAUUUUAAAACUGCAUGGCUUCACAGCAGAGCAACAUGUUCAUAACGUUCAAACGAAGACGCCAAAAUUUUAAUAAAUUCAAAUGUCGUAUCAAAGCCAUUGAGACAAAGGUGUGUUUUAAACUAAUUUAAAUUUGAAUUAAACAUGUAUUGGGAAAAAUAGAAAAAAAUCUCUGUAAACUUGAUUUGCGAUUAUAAUUAAGGAAAAGUGGUUUAAAUGAUUUUCACAUUGUUUUGUGUUUUAUUUACGUUUUGCAGUGUCCCAGUUUUUGUGAGCGGAGGUUGUGUUAGGUAUCACUGUAGGUCCGCCCCCCCCCCCCCCCCCCCCCCCCCCCCCCCCCCCCCCCCCCCCCCCCCCCCGCCUCAGGGGCCCUCACAGCUGUUAAUGUAAUGUGACUCAUUGGUCUGAUCUUCAGGAAGUCUUACGAGGUCUGUGGGGGUAUUAAAACCCUUGUGAGUGGAGGAGAUCACUGAAUCGUGCCAAAUUUGGCUUGGAGAAGGAGUUCACUGACUCACUUGGACUCAGAGUGCAUUUCUUUUUCUCUAUUUGUCGUUUUGGUCUUUAUUUGUUAAUUGAAGGGGACCACUGUGUAACUGACUGCUGGAAUAUGUUUAUAGUUGUUUGAAAAUGUGGCGUUUGGAGGAAAAAGAUGGUACAAAUCACUGUUAGGGCCUUUUUUUGUUGUUGUUGUUGUUGUUGUUGUUUUUGUUUGUUGAUGUCUUUCUACAUUGAUUAGAAUGAACCUGAUGUCUCUCAGUUGUCUUGGCAAUCACCACAUCAACCUCGGGCUCUAAACCCCCUCCUCUUUAGUGUCUUUUCAUUUCACUGGUAAGCCUUUGACACACACACACACACACACACACAGAUCUGACCGGCUCCCAGCGCACAUGCACUAUGAACGCCAUCUCUAACCGUACUGACUCCUCAUCCUCGUGUUUCAUGCGUAGGCUGCACAGUUUCAGAUGAAGCAUUUCUUAUAAUUAUUACUCAUCUUUACUUUCAUUUAUGGGAACACAAAAAAAACCUUAACAGAUUUUCUAUAUGCCAAGGUGACUUACUUGAUUCUUUUUUUUUUUUUUUUUUUUUUUGCGUCUGUAGUUAGUUUGUUUUUAUGUUGAAAAAUGGUGAAACUGAAAACAACCUAUUUGGCACAAGUCUAUUAUGUGAAAAAAAACAAAACAAAACGUUCUGAAGUAUUUGAGGGAAUCGCACAUUUUGUAAAGAAAAUCUCUAUAACAAUAAAAGC